AUGGCAGACAGCAGCAUGUAUGGCGCCGUGCAGCAUUCUUACUUCGCUGUGCCUGACACAAGGGAACUUCCCAACAUACCUGAAAGUAGAAACCUAACAGAAUAUUUUGUAGCUGUAGAUGUUAACGACAUGCUCCAUCGGUACGCUAGUAUGCGUUAUGAGCGUCGAAUCCUCAUCUGCUGUAGCAAACUAAGCACYUUAACGGCGUGUGUUCAUGGGUCGGCGGCCAUGAUGUACCCCAUGUAUUGGCAACACGUUUACAUUCCCGACCUGCCUCAGCACCUUAUAGACUACUGCUGUGUACCCAUGCCCUACCUCAUUGGAGUAUAUUCCAGCCUAAUGGAGAAGGUGAGGGGGAUGGCCCUGGAUGAUGUGGUAGUCCUCAACGUAGACAACAACACCACGGAAACACCCUUCGACGAGCUCCAAAGCCUGCCUAACGACGUGGUGUCCUCCUUAAAGAACCGCCUAAAGAAGGUUUCCACAAGGACAGGAGACGGCGUGGCUCGAGCCUUUCUCGGAACACAGGCCGCUCUCUUCGGCAGCUACAGGAACGCACUGCAGAUUGAACCUGAAGAGCCAAUCACGUUCAGUGAGGCGGUCUUCAUGACCCACCGCUCCAGUGCCAUGAGACAGUUCCUGCAGAACGCCAGCCAGCUGCAGCUCUUCAAACAGUUCAUCAAUGGCCGCUUGGACCYWCUGAAUGCCGGUGAGSGCUUCAGGGAUAUWYUCGAGGAUGAGAUCAACAUGGGAGAGUAUGCAGGCAGCGACAAGAACUACCACCAGUGGCUAUUCACUGUCAAGAAAGGGGGCGGAGCUAUCUUCAACACAGUGAGGACCAAGGCUAACCCUGCCAUGAAAACGGUCUACAAGUUUUGUAAGUAUCAUGCCAGGAUGGGGAUAAAGGAGGUCAAGAGCCGGCUAAAACAAAGAGACCAUCACCACCACUACCCCCUCUGGCCAUGCCAACCUCCUCCGUCUUCUUCUUCCCCUCUCCAGGAGCUGACAGAGAAUGGCUACUCCUCGACAGCAGACACAGGUGGCACAGGAGCGGGUACCGGGGAGGAAGACACUACGGCCGGGUCGCCCCCCCUCCACCUGCAGGAAGGACAGUGUCCGCACCUGGGAUGA